AUGGCUGCAUUGGGCCAACCGCCGUCUAUGGUACCUCCGUCGUCGGCUCUCAUGGCCGGCGCCGAUGCCAAACGCAACACUCAACUCGGUCAUCCGCUCAAGAGCUUCACCGUUCCGACUCCGCCUCCGCAAUCGGCUCCGCCCGUCAAAAUCCUCUCGCCCAGCAGCGGCAACAACCGCCAAUCGGUCAACCCCAUGACGACGCAGUUGAGUCCCUACAAGAAGGCCCUGGCGGGUGGCCCAGUCACGUCACCUCCGCCUAUCCAUAAAGCCAACAGCAGCGGAGGCGUUCGAUCUGGCGCCAACGACCUGAGCAAAUCGCCGGAGAAGAUCAUUCAAAGCUCUUACAGCACCAAGACCGCUAUCAAAUUGGCAGUCAUUUUAUUUCGAUCUUUGGCGAGUUCGCCUUCUGGAUAUCGUCUUCUUCAACUUAAAAGUGGAUUACAUCUUCUCGUGGAUUUCGUCAACUAUUGCUGCAUUCUGGAAUGGAAUUACCUGAUAUUCUUGCCUUGUGUUGCAGGCUUGCAGCAUCAUAGUUACAAAAACAACUUGGUCGUCAACGUCAUACGCCAACAUCAAUUUAUUCAAGGUAAAUUUGAUAAUGAAAAGGGUUAAUACUGCAGCAGCACAUCUCAGGCUCACUUAAGGAGAAUGCGUCGGGAGGCAAAUCAAAACGUGGAGGUUGCUAAUUUGUCUCAGUUUGAAGUUGAACGUGACAUCAACAGUAUUUGUGAACCUGAGGAGCAUGGACUCGUUUUAAAUAAUUUACCUUUCGUAGACUGUGAAUGUUUUCAUGAUGUUGAUGGCGAUAAUGUAGACGACCCUAAUUAUGUAGACUUUUCUCUUAAUGAUGUUAACAACCGUGAUUUACCUUUGAGCGACCGUGGUUCAACUUUGAGCGAGAGUGAUCCUGAAUUGAAUGAGGAUUUUGAUUACAUUGAUGAUUCAUUGGUAGCUAUUGAAAUUGAAGAACAACCUCCACACUCGUUUAAAGAUCAAUUAGCGUCAUGGGCUGUUAGUUGUGGGGUCCCCCAUGUACAUAUUAACAAACUAUUAUCUGUUUUAAAAUCCCAUCCGUGCCAUUCCGAUCUCCCUGUUGACCGCCCACUAAAAACAAAAAGAAACGUUUCUUUAAUCCCAAUGCAUCCGGGUGAAUAUUAUCACUUUGAUUUAUUGAAUGGUCUGAAGGUUGCAAUUGAUAAAAAAAUUCUUCCAAGAAACCGCAAUGCGAUUGAAAUUGAAAUCAUAAUUAACGUUGACGGGCUCCCCAUAUUUAGUAAAAGCACCUCUGUUACGUACGCUCACGUGCAGUGGAACGUCGUAACAGAAAAGAUGUGGGAUGGAGGAUGA